CUAAAUCCUUGAGUCAACCUAAAAACACAUGUUGCUUUUCCCAUUAGUUCAGUUUGGGGACUAUAUAAGACAGCUCAACUGCACCACUGUACUUCUGUGAGGACGUUGCACCAUGAGGGUUGUUCUUGGUUUGCUGUUGGUGCUGCUUGGUCUGUGUGGGUCAGCGGCUCAACAGGAGGGUUUCGCCAAGGUUGGUGAGAUCGGAGAGUUCCUCCAGACGGCUCCAAGAGACGCGGCUGAUGACUCCAUCGAGCACAAAACAAAGCAAAGCAAAGCGGACAUCUGGGCAGAGCUCAGGGCUCUGAGGGACACAGUGUCAGAUGUUAGGGUGGAGCUUUACCUGCUGCAGAGAGAUAAUUCUGUCCAAGACAUUAGGCUGUUGGCCACUGAGAGCAAAACAAGUGGCCUGGAAGGAGAGAUUACAGACUUACAGACCAGACUGAGCAGCAGUGAGAGUGAACUUCUCGUUAGCAACUCCAGGAUUGACCAGCUGAACAAAGAAAAUGCAGACUUACAGAGCAGACUGAGCAGCAGUGAGAGUGAACUUCUUGUCAGCAAGUCCAGGAUUGACCAGCUGGAGAAGGAGAAUGCAGUCCAAGAAAAGAGACUGAAUGCCACUGAGAGCCAAACAAGUGGCCUGGAAGGAGAGAUUACAGACUUACAGAGCAGACUGAGCAGCAGUGAGAGUGAACUUCUUGUCAGCAAGUCCAGGAUUGGCCAAGUGGAGAAAGAAAAUGCAGACUUACAGAAGAGACUGAGCAGCAGUGAGAGUGAACUACUCGUAAGCAAGUCCAGGAUUGACCAGCUGGAGAAGGAGAAUGCAGACUUACAGAGCAGACUGAGCAGCAGUGAGAGUGAACUUCUUGUCAGCAAGUCCAGGAUUGGCCAAGUGGAGAAAGAAAAUGCAGACUUACAGAAGAGACUGAGCAGCAGUGAGAGUGAACUUCUCGUAAGCAAGUCCAGGAUUGACCAGCUGGAGAAGGAGAAUGCAGACUUACAGAGCAGACUGAGCAGCAGUGAGAGUGAACUUCUCGUUAGCAAGUCCAGGAUUGACCAGCUGGAGAAAGAAAAUGCAGUCCAAGAAUCUAGACUGACUGCCACUGAGAGAAAAACAAGUGGCCUAGAAGGAGAGAUUACAGACUUACAGAGCAGACUGACCAGCAGUGAGAGUGAACUUCUCGUUAGCAAGUCCAGGAUUGACCAGCUGGAGAAGGAGAAUGCAGUCCAAGAAUCUAGACUGACUGCCACUGAGAGAAAAACGAGUGGCCUAGAAGGAGAGAUUACAGACUUACAGAGCAGACUGAGCAGCAGUGAGAGUGAACUUCUCGUUAGCAAGUCCAGGAUUGACCAGCUGGAGAAGGAGAAUGCAGAGAAACCAAAAGUGGCUUUUUACACAGCUCUUGAUCCUCAUUCACAAUAUAUUGGACCCUACAAUACAUACAUUACACUAAAAUACAGCAAUGUCUUCACCAACGUUGGCAAUGCUUACAGUCCAUCUACAGGUUUCUUCACGGCACCAGUCAAAGGGGUCUACUACUUCCAGUUCACUGCAUCUUCUAACAGCAAAGGUCAAAUGGCUAUAUAUGUGUACAAUAACAACGACCAUAUCAUGUAUAAUGAGGCGUUUAAUGAUGGUUCAUCCAUCAGAUACUUCACUAACUCUCUUGUCUUGGAGCUGAUAGCGGGAGACGAAGUUCGUCUUGUUCUCCCACCAAACCGAAUUCUCUAUGAGAACGGAAAUAACCACAACACCUUCAGUGGCGCUCUUCUCUUCCCACUGUAAGGAUGGGCUUUAGGCUGCUGUUGUUAUUGGCUACACUAUGAUUUACUGCAUCAAAUAAUGUGGUGAUGAAUCUGACUUUUUGUGUUGCACAUAACUUUUGAAUAAAUGACCUUACUAAACACAUACUAAAACUGAUUAAUGGUUCAAAUUAGUAAAUAUACCCCUGUGAGUGUUGUUUUAACAGGCUAUUAUGUUACUGGAUUAUCGUUGGCGAGUUGAGUCUUGGGUUUUCAGGGUUACAUAAUGUCAGGAAGUUAAACACUAUGAGGUAAACAAUAUUUAGCAUUAAGUUGACUUGGGGAUC